ACCGCUUUUUUUAUAUUGUGCAAAAAAUAUCUACUUGAAAACAUUCCCUCACAAAAAUUGCGAAAAAAUAAAAAAAUAACAAACAAAUCAAUAAAACUACAAUGGGUUCAACAAAAUUAAAGGAAGAUUUAACUAAUUGUUUAAUAAAUUUUGAUCGCCGUGUUUUAAUAACUGAACUAUUGGAUGAUUAUCAACUGGCCUAUGAGGAGGUCAACGAUUUAGUGGAAAAAUAUGUGGAGCAGCAGGAAAAGAAAGAUAAAAUUAAAUUUGAUAAAAGAUUUCUAGUGCAUGGUGUAGUGGAGGGUGAACAGAAAAAGGAAAUUUAUAAAAUAGUGGAAGAAACUAAACUUAAAGAAUGGUUAAAUAAAUUGAAAAAUGCCGAGUCUUCCCUAUACUCUGUGGAGGUGGCUGGAGGAGCUAAGUCUGCAGCGCCAGUAUUUAAACCCAUGAGUGUACAAGAGGGAGCCAAAUUAAAAGAUAGACAGGGUUCCAAAGCCUCCAUAACUAAUGGCGCAGUAGAAACCUCAAAAACCACUAAACCUAUAGAGAAAAAAGAAGUCAAACAGGAAGCUACUAGCAGCAAAGCUUUAAAAGCAUCUCCCAAGAGCAGUGCAAAAGCUACAACAAAAGUAGAAGCCAAGAAAACUUCACCUAAAACUGAGACCUCCCCUACAGAUAAAAAAGCAGCCGACAAAAAAUCUACCAACAAAAAAGGUAUAAACAAUUUCUUUGCUCCUACUGCUACAGCAGCCAACAAGAAAACGGAAGAUGUCAAAGACUCCAAAGCCAGCAGUGGUGUUGUUAAGCCACCUACACCCAAAAAAAUGGAAGAUUUCUUUAAAAAACAAACAGAAAAACCUAAAACCAGCACAGAAUCAAUAAAGAAAACACCAGCAGUCAAUACCUCCGUACAACUAUUCGAUGAUGAGGAUGAAGAAGAACCUGAAGAAAUCUCAUCAGAUGAGGAGGAGAAAUUGGAAGCAUUAAAACGAGAUAUUAUUUCUUCCGAUGUAGAAAUGGAAGCAGAAGAUGAAAAUGAUACUAAACCUACAACUUCCAGCAAGAGAAGACGUAUUUUAGAUUCAGAUGAUGAGGAAGAAGAUCCUCCUGUUAAACAAGAAAAGUUGGAUAUUAAGAAGGAAACAAAGGAAGAAGAAGCAGAGGAACCGGUAGCAGAAACUUAUCUAGAUGAAGACGGUUUCGUUAUUACCAAAAAGCCCAAACAGAAAGCCUCGGGAGCUGCUAACAAAUCACCAGCCACUAAGAAAACACCACCGGUAACCUUGAAGUCGUCACCCAAGGAUAGCAAAAAGCCUAGUACUACUAAGGAAACUAAGGCGGCCACUAAUUCGGCAGCCAAAACUAAACAGGCGGGAAUUAUGAAUUUCUUUAGUAAGAAGUAGGAGUAUUAUUAAUUAGAAUUUUUUUUUUCUCGAAAAGGUCUGGACCUUUUUAAGUUAUUCGUAGUAAUGGAGUGUUAUAAGUUAUGAUUUUUUUUUUGUGUAUGAAAUAAAAUAAGUCAAAAAACAGAGAGAAGCUAAAAAGA